AUGCAAAUCAUUUGGCGAGAAUCCGCAGACACCGCCACGUACGAGGAUGCCCGUGUUGGUCGUGUUUUCAAUCAUCGCCGUCCUGAGCGCUUUCCGUUGGCAGUAGUGAAAGCGACUUGCCAGGAAGACAUUGUCGCUGCCGUCAAAUUGGCUGCGGAGAAAGGCUGCCGUGUCGCUGUUCGAUCCGGAGGACAUUCGUGGGCAGCAUGGAGUGUGCGCGAUAACUCAAUCCUGAUCGACCUGGGCAACUACAAGACCAUGGAGGUUGACGCGGUCAACAAAGUUGCUCGAGCUUCGCCGAGUAUGACGGGCAGGGAACUGAACUCUGUUUUGGUCAAGGACCACCAGCUUAUGUUUCCGGGUGGCCAUUGUCCAGACGUCGGCCUGGGAGGCUUUUUGCUCCAGGGUGGAAUGGGAUGGAAUUGUCGUAAUUGGGGCUGGGCAUGCGAGAGAGUUCAAGCCGUUGAUGUCGUAACAGCCAAGGGAGAAUUACUUCACUGCAACUCCGAGCAGAACCAAGAGCUUUACUGGGCAGCCCGAGGAGCCGGACCUGGUUUCCCCGGUGUUGUUACGAAGUUCCACCUUCGGUUGAACCCAUACCCAAAGAUCGGCUUCCGCUCCUCUGGCUAUGUCUAUCCAAUUGAAAUGUAUCGGGAAGCUCUCAGCUGGGUCAUCUCCAUUUCACCAGGUUUUGACAACGAUACUGAAAUUGCUGCAAUCUCUCACUAUCCAGAUGGUGGCGACGAGAUGCGAUUAUUCAUACUCUUCGUUACCAUGAAGGACGAGGCUCAUGAAGCGGAGCAGGCUCUUCGCGCCGCCCAGGAAAGUCGACCUGCGGGCUGCGUGUCGGAGUGGUUCUGCAAGGAAGACAGUCUUGAAGAGCAGUAUAACAAUCAAGCAAACGCCAAUCCCGAAAAGCAUCGCUAUUGUGCGGAUAAUGCGUACAUUGACAAUGACGCCGAUGUGCCCGCUGUUCUAGAAGAGGCCUUUACAACACUGCCGCACAAGAAGUCCUUUGCACUGUGGUUUGCCAUGAACCCCUGCAGUCGGAGAAAGCUUCCUGAUAUGGCUUUAAGCAUGCAAUCUGACCAUUAUUUUGCUCUCUAUACCGUUUGGGAAGAUGAGCACGACGACCCUCGCUGCCAGGCUUGGGUCAAGAACGUGAUGAAGGGAGUGGAGACGCACUCAGUUGGCGCCUACCUGGGAGAUUCGGACUUCCAGGUGCGCAAGACCAAAUUUUGGGCUGACGACAAUGCCCGGCGUCUAAUGGAGAUUCGCCGCAAAUGGGAUCCUCAAGGUAGACUUUGCGGCUAUCUAGACGAAGGUGACUUGUCUGGCAUUCGUGGACUGGAUAACGCGCACCAGUGGAAGAUCUGA